GGCGAUGAGCGGAUUUGCCAGACGCUCAGGACCUUAACGAACCAGCUAAUCCCAGAAGGUGCCGACGGAACAAUGAGCUGAGGCCCGGCCGCCUAGCCCCCUCUCCCCUCAGGGACCAUGUUGACCAGACUGUUCAACGACUCGCCGCUGAUUCCCGGCCUCCAGAAGUUCGCUAGUUGGGCGGCCGAGAGUGACAGCGAUGAGGAGCAGAGCCGAGCCGAAGGCGAGGGUGACCCACGGGAGGCCCGGGAGAACCAGGGCGACGACGGACUGAGCCCCACCCCAGAGCAAGAGGAAGGUGAGACGGCGAUGGAGGAGGAAGAGGAAGAUGAUGAGGAAGAGGAAGAGGAGGCGGAAGAGGAAGAGGAAGAUGGCGGCAGGCCGCGGAAACGGGGCCCGAAGCGAAGGAAGAUGACGAAAGCGCGGGUGGAGCGUUUCAAACAGCGGCGACAGAAAGCCAACACCCGCGAGCGGAACCGAAUGCACGACUUGAACUCAGCGCUGGACAAUCUCCGCAAAGUGGUUCCCUGCUACUCCAAGACGCAGAAACUUUCCAAGAUAGAGACACUGCGGUUGGCCAAGAACUACAUCUGGGCGCUGUCGGAGAUCCUUCGCUCGGGGAAGCGCCCAGACCUGCUGAGCUACGUACAGACUCUGUGCAAGGGGCUUUCACAACCCACUACAAACCUGGUCGCCGGCUGCCUUCAGCUCAACUCCCGGAACUUCAUCAGCGAACCCCCGCCGGACUCCGGCCGGCUCCACGCCGCCAACCCCUCCUUCCCGCUACACCCCUACACCUACCCUUGUGCCAGGCUACCCAGCCCACAGUGCCAGCCCGCGGGCAUGCCGGCCGCUCACCCGCUGCGCUCGCACCCCUACUGCGGCCCAUUCGAGCACCUGUGCGGCAACGUGUCUCCCGACUGCGCCGGCUCCGAGAUGGACAGGCCGCUCAGCCCAUCGCUGUGCGCCGACGGCGGCUACCCCAUGAAGCCGGACUCGUCGCCAGACCACGACAAGGGCUACCAUUACACCAUGCACUACUCGGCGCUGCCCGGUGCCCGCGGACCGCCACCUGGCCUUCUCUUCAGCAGCACCGCGCUGCGCUCCGCCCUGCACUCCGAGACCCUGGCUCCCUACGAUGCGCUGCUGCAGAGCGAACGGCCGCCAGCCUACGAGGAAAUGAACACUUUCUACCACAACUAAAGGGGUGAAGCCGGAGCGGGGCCGCCGGGGCCACUGCUGCUUCGCAAAGGGGCGCGAGAGAAGCGUGUUCAAUGCUCCCGAGGGUAGGGAUCGCUGCCGGCGCCCUUGUGUGUAUCAGUGUGUGUGGACCUGGCCGUCAGAUCUGGCCGCGCCGCUCCUCCCCGCGUCAUCUCCCGGUAAAGCAAUAACGGAAAUCUAUGCAAGUGGAAAUAUAACAUGAUUCUGUCGGCCAGGACUCACUCCGAGCAGGGCCGAACGGCCGCAUUCUGUCCCAUGCGAACUCGCACAGAUCCCAGUUUCAAUCUUCUGCUGGCGGCGACUCAAACAGAAACACAUUCUAUUAUUUUUCCAGGAACCUUCUGAGACAUUUUCUACCCGUGAAGGACCAAUUUUGUUACAGAUUUUUUUGUAAGAUGCGUGUUGAAAAUUCUCUCCUUGUGCACAAGAGAAUAUUUUAAAAUUCUGGCCCGUUCUCUCCGGUGAUAUAAAUGUGGGGCAUAUUCUCACCUUCACACGGAAUCCGCGCUCUCGCUCCAAAAGCUGCGGUUUCCGCGCGUUCCCGGGUUCCGUUCCUGCUUCGCCCUCGCUGUU